AUGGCAACGCACAUAAAAUAUACGAAGCUGUUCAUCGACAACGAGUGGGUGGAUUCGCAAAGUGGUAAAACGUUCGACACUUACUGUCCUCACGAUGGGUCCGUCAUUGCCACCGUUGCUGAAGGAGAUAAGGCCGACGUAGAUUUAGCAGUGAGUGCAGCUAAACGUGCAUUUCAACGCAACUCAGAAUGGCGUUUGAUGGAUGCCUCCGAACGGGGAAGGAUCUUGACUAAGUUUGGCGAUCUAGUAAAGAGAGACAUUCAGUAUAUUUCAGAACUGGAGUCUCUAAACAAUGGCAUGGUACUAAGUAUGGCGAAUAAAUUCAUUGGAAGAUGCCCCACAAAUAUUUAUUACAUUGCCAGCUUAGCUGACAAAAUCCAGGGAUCCACUAUUCCUGCUGAUGGUGAAGUAUUUUCAUACACAUUAAAACAACCAGUUGGUGUUUGUGGACUGAUUUUGCCAUGGAAUGUGCCUGUUUUAAUGUUCGUCAAUAAAAUCACCACAGCCUUGGCAGCGGGUUGUACAGUAGUUGUGAAACCAGCGGAGCAGACACCACUAACUGCUCUCUAUCUGGCUGCGUUGUUGGUAGAAGCAGGUUUGCCUAAAGGUGUCAUCAAUGUUAUAAAUGGCUACGGUGAGACAGCUGGUGUAGCCAUUACACACCACCCUGAUGUUGCUAAAAUAUCUUUUACUGGAUCUGCUGAAGUUGGUAAGCUAAUUCAACAGGCAGCUGGUGUGAAUAACCUCAAACGAGUCACACUUGAACUUGGUGGCAAAAGUCCUCUUGUCAUUAUGGAUGACGCAGACUUGGAUUUAGCAGUACCAGCAGCUGCCCAGGGCGUAUUUUCUCUCCAAGGUCAAAUGUGCAUUGCUGCAUCGAGAUUAUAUGUUCAUUCCAAGAUCUAUGACAAAUUUGUUAAAGCAGCAAUUCAGUACGCUAAAAAUAUCAAGAUAGGUGACCCCAAGGAUCCUGCAACUCAACAUGGACCGCAGGUAGAUUCUGAAAUGAUGACAAAGGUGUUGAGCUAUAUACAGAAAGGAAAAGAAGAGGGCGCAAAGCUGGUCCUCGGUGGUAAUCGCAUUGGCACAAAGGGAUUUUAUGUAGAACCAACUAUUUUCAUUGAUGUUAAGGAUGACAUGGCUAUUGCUAAAGACGAGAUAUUUGGUCCAGUCCAGAGUAUACUAAAGUUCGACACUUUAGAGGAGGUUAUCGACCGCGCUAAUGCAACUGUCCAUGGCCUCGCUGCGGGUAUCUUCACUACUAACAUUAACAACGCAUUGCAAUUCAGCAAGCACGUCGAAGCUGGCAUCGUCUGGAUCAACACAUAUCUGGCAUUCUCACCCCAGAUCCCGUUCGGAGGCUUUAAGGACUCGGGCAUAGGUCGUGAGAGUGGUUUUGAAUGCAUCGAUGCUUAUUUGGAAGUCAAAUCUGUCGUUACCUCUCUAGCGAAGAAAAUAUAA